UCAUACGAUUUGUGUUAAAGAUCCUCUUGCCACGUGUUUUUCAGAAAAUGAUUCUUUAAAUCAAACCAGUGUUAACCUUGCCCUCCUGCUUGCACUUGGUCUCUCCCGCUCUGCCCGUUCCCACCUCAGAGGUGAUCUCUGUUAUCAGACUUUCCUGUCGGAUUAGGGUUUCAGUAACCUCGGUUAUUGGGCUUUGAGAACGGGGGGGACCUGUUCAGGGAUCUUUGCAGAUGUGAGACCUGAGUCCCCCCACCCUCCCCUGAGGAUGUCCAGAGAGGCCCGAGAAAACGUACACUGGUGACUCCGGUUUCAGUCAAGUUACAAAACAUGCAGAAUUAGACUCUUGUGUGGGGAUGCUGCCGCAGGUUAUAAAACUAUCAAUGAAAGGCAAGGAAGAUAUCAUGAAAAGUAGGUGGUGGUCGCCUCUGUUAGGAGAAAAGGGGUUUGACCUAAAAUGUUUACUGGACAAGGUGGGCUUUUUAAUUUUCGACCUGGAUGUGUGUUUGAGAUAUAAUUUUGUUAAACUGUCCAUAGACAUUACAGCCCUUUCUCUGUGCAUGUUAUCUGCUUCACUGUAGAAAAUGUGGAGGGAAAACCCAAGAUCCCAAGAUGUCAAGUGCACCUGCUAACGAUCUGCAGUUUGCCAGGCAGAGGGUGGACAGUGAAGUCGGGAGGCUCCUCGGAGUACCUGUAGAAGACUUGCCAGCGCCCCAGGUCAGCGAGCGGAGGGACCCACACCCCAGUCGAAUGCAGAUGCCGCAGGGGAACCCGCUGCUGCUUUCGUACACCCUGCAGGAGUUGCUGGCCAGGGACACCGUGCAGGUGGAGCUCAUUCCCGAGAAGAAGGGCCUCUUCCUAAAGCAUGUGGAAUACGAGGUUUCCAGCCAGCGCUUCAGGUCCUCCGUGUACAGACGGUACAACGACUUCGUGGUCUUCCACGAGAUGCUGCUGCAGAAGUUCCCCUACCGCAUGGUGCCGGCCCUUCCGCCCAAGAGAGUGCUGGGAGCCGACCGCGAGUUCAUUGAGGCCCGGCGCAGGGCCCUGAGGCGCUUCAUCAACCUGGUGGCCCGGCACCCCCCGUUCUCCGAGGACGUGGCCCUCCGGCUCUUCCUGUCCUUCAGUGGCCCGGACGUGCAGAACAAGUUGAAGGAGUCGGCUCAGUGUGUUGGAGACGAGUUCAUGAGCUGCAAGCUGGCUCCUCGGGCCAAGGACUUCCUCCCAGCCGACAUCCAGACUCAGUUCGCCGUCAGCCGGGAGCUCAUUCGAAACAUCUACAACAGCUUCCACAAGCUUCGCGACCGGGCCGAGCGGAUUGCGUCGAGGGCCAUCGACAAUGCUGCUGACCUCCUCAUCUUCGGGAAGGAGCUGAGUGCUUUAGGGUCUGAUACGACCCCGCUCCCCUCCUGGGCCACUCUGCACAGUAGCACGUGGGGGUCCCUGAAACAGGCACUGAAAGGCCUGUCCGUUGAAUUUGCACUGCUCGCCGACAAGGCCGCCCAGCAGGGCAAACAGGAAGAGAAUGACGUGGUGGAGAAGUUGAACCUCUUCCUGGAUUUGCUGCAGUCCUAUAAAGACCUGUGCGAGCGGCACGAGAAGGGCGUGCUGCACAAGCACCAGCGGGCCCUGCACAAGUACAGCCUGAUGAAGCGGCAGAUGAUGAGCGCCGCUGUGCAGAGCCGGGAGCCCGACUCCGUGGAGCAGCUGGAGUCCCGCAUCGUGGAGCAGGAGAACGCGAUCCAGACGAUGGAGCUCCGGGGCUACUUCUCCCUGUACUGCCUCCACCAGGAGAUGCAGCUGGUCCACGUGUACCUGCCCCUCACCUCCCACAUCCUCGGUGCCUUUGUCAACUCUCAGAUCCAGGGGCACAAGGAGAUGAGCAAGGUGUGGAACGACCUGAAGCCCAAACUAAACUGCCUCUUCGCUGGACCCAGCGGCUCCCCGACUCCACCGAGGCUCCCGCAGGACGGCGUGUCUCCUCGCUAGUGCCAGACGCCUGGGGCGGGAGCUCCGGGCGGCCUCACUAAAACCUCUUUCCAAAUGGCGUGUUCCUGUUUAAUUCCCUCCAGAUAGUGGCUGCCCCCCACCCCCCGCGGGGUCCCCGGUGUCUGACUGACCCCCAGGCCCAGUGGGGCCGGGGUUUGGGUGCUCCCCUCGUGGGGAGUGGGGCUGAGGAUGUGACCCCAGGCCUCUGAACAUCCACGAGGGCCGGAGGCCAUGGGGGUCUGCUCAGCUGUCCUGGGCCCCGCCCGAUGCUGCACUGUGCCUGAGCCUGGCGGUCAAGAGUUAAGGUUCCCUGGAAAGGUCUUCUCUGAUUCCAGGAGGUCAGGGUGGCAAGGAUGGCUUCCACAUAGCAGGUGCCUGGGGGCAUGUGCAGGGGGCACCCAUGAGUUUUGGGGAGUCAGGAGGGUCUGGGUCCGAUGACCAGGGACGGGGAGGUUGGAACCCCCGUGUUGGACACGAGGUGGCUGUAUCUGAUGAACCAGUCAGUGAGGGUGGACUGUGACCUAAGGCCGGUGGGCACUCCGGACGGGUGUGGGUACGGCGGGGCCUCGGCGGGGGGGGGGGGGGGGGGUCGCUGGGUACCAUGGGGCCCCGGUCUGGACUGGGUCUGGGUAAAGUGUCCUGUGUCCCUCCCUGUCAUGUGCCCGUGGGCUGCGGUGUCGGGGACAAAGGUGAAGUGGUGCUUCUGUGGUCUGUCGCCGUGCAGCACCAGCUGUGUCCUCGCGGUCGCUUGCAGGCCCCUGUCUUUGGAGGCGGCAGCUUGCGACGGCUUGAGUGCGGAGGCUGGAAGGGGAGGGCGGGCGGGGCCGUGUUCCAGCUGGGGUCUGGAAGGGGGGGUUCUGUGUGGCUGUGGCUGACCACCCCCCGCCCCAUUUUGGGAGGCACUCCGAGCCUCCCUCCUCAUUCCAGGCAGGCCCGGAGGGGAUCUGUUCCGGGAACUCUGGGGUCAGUGCGCGCCUGGGGCCUCCGAGCGCUUCCUGCUCUGAAUCCCUCUUGUGUAAACACCGGCAGGGCGCCUUCCUCCCAGGCCGGGAACGCUUUGAGCUCACUGCCCCCCCGGCUCGAGCGGUGUCGGCGGAUCUGUGUUGUGGGAGGGUCUGAUUGCAUGCCAGGAGUCCUGAGGGUCUCGCCUUCCCGGGGUGCAGAUGCCUGUGCUCCAGGGGGCUUUCUCUGGAUCUGAAGGCAGGUGGGACUUCCCACCUGUGUGUCCCCACACAGCACGCAGGACUCCCGCACCCGUCCUGGGGUGCUCUUGCACAUCACUGCCCGGGGCGGGGGUCGGGGAAGUAUUUUUUAGGCCCAGCCAGACACCUGCGUCACCCCACGUGUGGGUUCUCCUGUGCGGGGAGAAGGCCAGCUGCACCCCAUGCAGCCCGAGGCCCUGGGACUGCGGCACAUGCCUUCCUUGGCUGAUAAGGGGCAGCGUACCCCCAGAGCCCAGCAAGCGGGGGCCCGUUCGAUCACUGGGCUGUGCGUGCGUUCUGCUCCCCUUCGGAGAAGCUGGUUCUCGGGCACUGAGUGGAUCUGCGCUGCCCCACAGGGCUGCCCCACGGGCGCUGUGUACACUUGAGCCGUAGGGCUGACCUCCGAGCCUCCCGUUCCCUGUCGGCUGCUGCCCGCGCGCCACGGCCUGCCUGUGGGUGGUGCGGGACAGGCGACCACAGGACACUGGCGAGCUGGGAAGACACCCAGAGCAGACCCCACCACGCACGCAGUGGGGGCUGGGGGCUCAUGGUGGGCAGCAGCACGGAAGGUGGGAGGGCCGGCGCGGAGAGGGUCUCCCAGGGCACGUGGAGGCCCGCCUCUCCCGGGUCACUGAGAAUUCCAGCACCAAAGACUUCAUUUGUGCUUUCUCAAGAGGACUUUUCCUGAGACUCCGUGUUCCUGGCGGCCUCUCUGUGCGGUGGGAGGGGCCAGGAGCCCUUCUUGGCUGGAGUUCCGGCCAGGGUUUUCGAGGCUUACCCAGAGGGCGCUUUCUUGUGCAUCCCCUCCCUCCCCAGCCCCUGCAAGGAGGCUGGCAGAUGGGAGACGCUUGCUGGGCUGUGUGCGUGGGGGUCACGUCCUUCCUGUGCUUGUCAGCUGGGGACAGCAGGGGCCACCUUUUGCCCCCCACAAAGCCUCCCUCUGGGCCCAGGGCCAGGGCCGCUCUGGGGAGGGCCAGGCUGCCAGCAGCUCUGAGUCAGGGAGCGCAGGGGCGUCCCAGCUUGCCUCCGUGGCCCUAGUCUCCAGGCUGGGACUGCGGGAGGGAGACCACAGCCUUGCUUUGUCUCCCACGGUCGGUCUGCGAUGUCCCGGUGCCACGGGGACAGAGCCCGAUCCCGACUCUGCAAGGCCGGAAUGGAGCCCGGCCCCGGUGUGUGCCUUCGCCAGGUCCCUCCAGCCUGGGCCCAGCUUGCUCGCAGCAUCAGAUCCGGGCACGUGCGGGACUCUGCACAGGUUGAGGUCGGCUGGUUUUGUCGGCAUUCGAGACCCUUCUCUUCGUGAUGCAGUUCUGUGUAUGGAGCACUUUACAAGGCUGUAGGCAUCAAUUACUACGCCAAUAAACUGGAAUCGUUCACACA